AUGGACAGUCCAAACAACCAAAACCAGCAGCUCCACAUCUUCUUCAUGCCAUUCAUCGGCCACAUGAUCCCCUUGAUCGACUUGGCCAAGCUCUUCGCUUCCAGAGGAGUGAAGAGCAGCAUCAUCACCACCGCUGCUUACACCGAGAAAGUCUACCAAUCCAUCCAAAAAUCUGCUUCCGAAUCCCCAAUCCAAGUUCUCGCCAUGACCACCGCCGCCGGGACAAUCACCUAG